GUACGCGAAGAAACUACUCCGAAGCGCGCAUACGAAGUCAGUGCACACUCAGCCUCCGAGUGCACCAUGUGCUCCUUCCUCCUUCUCAUUUAUCUCCUCUUAUCGGGCAACGUCGCGAUCGUUUUCACGGAGGAGGCCGACUGUCAGGUUUACAAUCACCUGUAUAUCUGUUUGGAGACCGGCGACGUUCUUCGCGACGUCGCGUUCGAGGACGUCAACGCCGUUCAGACGAUCGAGGACAUCGAGCUACACCUGGAGAACCUCGGGAUCGUUGACGUCGCUAGGAAUGCCUUCGUCGAGGUCAGCAACUCGUCCGCUCUCUACGUCCGCGACAAUCGAUUGUCGAGUAUCGGCCGACAUUAUUUCGGAGCGCUCGACGAGCUCACCUAUUUAGACCUGAGAAACAACACGAUCGUCAACGUGGAGGAGGGCGCUUUCUCGGGACUGAGCAGUUUGGAGACACUCUUGCUGGAUUACAACAACAUCUCAACCUUUCGACCCGGCGCGUGGAAGGGUCUCUCGGAGUUGCACGAGCUCUAUAUCACCAACAACCGGCUCGCAUUGCGGAGAAACAUGUUUAAGGGGCUCAGGCAGCUGGAAACGCUGGUGUUGGACUCGAACGAGAUAUCGGAAAUACCGAUCGGCGCGUUCAACGGAUUAUCGCACAUAGAUCUUCUCUAUCUGUCGCGUAACAGGAUCCCGUCCUUGCACCCCGACGUGUUUCGCGGUCUUAACGAGAUAAACGAACUCGAUCUGGGCAGAAAUCGAUUGAGGACGAUUCCCGCCGGUAUAUUUCGACACAUGCAGUCGCUGAGCUCGCUCUGGCUGAACGGCAAUCAAUUGACCGUGCUCAAGUCCGACAGCUUUCAAGGCCUGGACAAUUUACUUUUCCUCUUUCUAAACAACAACGAUAUUCGUUACGUGGACAUGGCGGCGUUCUCGAGAAUGAAGAAUCUUACUGUGGAUCCUGGCUUCAAGAUUCACGAUUCUUUAGCGGACGAUCUCGGAUCGAUUCGUGGUCAAUAUCGGUGCAGCAGCGUGUCGUAUCAAAUUCCGUACGAAUGUACGGAGGUUGAUUCGUAGGCUCGAGAAGUCGGCUAGAACUCAGUUAUUUAUCAUAAGCAGCUUAUGCAAAUAAUGCUGAGUUACAAAAUUAAGAUAAUGACAUAUCUUUUUUGUAGAACUGUUAUACAAUGAAAAUUAAUUAAUCGAGAAAUUUAUUAC